GUGCAAAACGCAUUGUCACGUACAUGAGUUGAGCUACAACCUUGAACAUAAUAUCAUGUUAUACAAGUAAUUCGACCACACAGAAAGAUAAACACAAACAAAACAAAUAUUACUAAUCCAUAUAUAACUCAAAAAUUCCAAUCCAUAAAAAUACAAGUUGAUUAACGACUGUUCGACAUCGCACACAACAGAUUGAACUUUGCAUUUAAAAUGGUUAAUAAUGAUAAAAGUGGUGUUUUGGUGUUUUAUGUUAAUGGCAAACAAAUUGUUGAGGAGAAUGUUAACCCAGAAUGGACUUUGUUAAUGUAUUUAAGAACAAAGCUUUCAUUAUGUGGAACAAAAUUGGGAUGUGGAGAAGGUGGUUGUGGAGCUUGCACAGUCAUGGUGUCCAAGUACGACCGAAAAUCACAAAUAAUUAGACAUUAUCCGGUGAAUGCCUGCCUUGCACCGGUAUGCUCACUGCAUGGAUUAGCAGUGACCACAGUAGAAGGAAUCGGAUCAACUAAAACAAAGCUACAUUCAGUUCAGGAACGCAUUGCUAAAGCACAUGGCUCACAAUGUGGUUUUUGUACACCUGGAAUUGUUAUGUCAAUGUACACUCUUCUAAGGAAUCAUGGAAAGCCAAAAAUGGAAGACUUAAAAGUAGCCUUCCAAGGAAAUCUCUGCAGAUGCACUGGGUACAGACCAAUCAUUGAAGGGUACAAAACAUUUACUGAGGAUUGGGAGGUGAUGCAAGCUGCCAAUGUUAUGACCAAAGAAAAUACUAAUGGUUUGAAUAGAUGUGGGAUGGGUGAUAAAUGUUGCAAACUGCAAAAUGGUACCACAAGCACAAAUGGUAUAAACGGUAAUCAUGAACAUCAAAAUGAUGUUGGAAAAUUGUUUGAACCAAGUAAAUUUGUACCAUAUGAAAGUUCCCAGGAGCCUAUCUUUCCACCAGAAUUAAAACUAAAUGACACUUAUGAUAACACAUCAGUCAUGUUUAAAGGAGAAAAAUUGACUUGGUACAGGCCAACAUCAAUGGAAGAGCUUUUACAGCUUUUACUGCAGAACCCAGGCGCAAAGAUAAUUGGAGGUAAUACAGAAGUUGGGGUAGAGGUCAAAUUCAAACAACAAUUUUACUCUUGUUACAUACAACCUGCGAUGGUUUUGGAACUUAAUCAGAUUGUUGUCAGCAACGAGACCAUUCGUAUUGGAGCAGGGGUUACCUUGGAUGAAAUUGAAUCUACUUUCAAAACUCUAAUUAAAAUACGACCAGAAUGGGAAACACGCAUUUGCCAAGCAGUUGUAGAAAUAUUACACUGGUUUGCUGGUAAACAAAUCCGAAGUGUAGCCUCAAUUGGAGGUAAUAUUAUGACUGGAAGUCCAAUCUCAGAUUUAAAUCCAAUUUGGAUGGCAAUUAGGGCACGAUUACAUCUUCGCAGUAUCUCAGGCAACCGUACAGUUUUAAUGGAUGAACACUUUUAUACUGGGUACCGGAAAAAUAUUGUAAACCCACAUGAAAUCUUAGAGAGUAUUGAGAUUCCUUUCACGCGCCGCAAUCAAUACGUUUAUGCCCAUAAACAAUCUCGGAGAAGAGAUGAUGACAUUGCUAUUGUCAACAGUGCUUUAAAUUUGGUUCUCUCAGAAAGUCUACAAAUUGAAGACAUCAACAUUGCAUUUGGUGGAAUGGCCCCAACUACCAUCGCGGUCAAGAAAAUCACACAAUUAAUUGGUCAAAAGUUUGAUGAAAAGAUGUUGGAAAAUGCAUACCAAUUGCUUUUGGAUGAUCUUCCGUUAUCAGAUAAUGUUCCAGGAGGAAUGGUUUCGUACAGAAGAUCACUAGCAUUGAGUUUCUUCUUCCGAACAUAUCUUAACAUAUCCAAGCAACUGAACGUACCAAUAGAUCCAAAAGAUCUCAGCGCAUUGGAUAAGUUUACUUCAAAACCGUCUAAAAGCAGUCAGUACUUCCAAAUUGUAGAAAAUGAACACGUAACUGAUACAAUUGGUCGCCCCAUUGUUCAUACCAAUGCGUUGAAUCAAGCCACGGGUGAAGCAAUCUACAUUGAUGACGUACCAAUCUUUGAGAAAGAAUUGCACUUGGCAUUGAUAUUUUCAAAAAAAUCUUAUGCAAAAAUUUUAAAUGUUGAUUUAUCUAAAGCACUUGCGGCUCCGCAUGUGGUAGAUUUUAUCCUACCUGAAGACAUCCCCAAAGAUCGUCAAACCUGCGGCAUGAUGGGCGAUGAAGAAUUUCUUCGUCGUGAUUUAGUUACAAGUCAAUAUCAAGUCCUGGGUGGUAUUCUAGCUACUAAUCAACUAUCAGCAAAACAAGCCGUUAAUCUUGUGCAUGUGACGUAUGAUGAACUCAAGCCAGUUGUAUCUAUUGAUCAAGCUAUUGAAGAAAACAGUUUCUACUCUUUUGAAGCUAAAAUAAAUACUGGUAAUGUCUCAGAGGUAAUACCAAAAUGUAAAAAUGUAAUUGUUGGUGAGGCACGUACUGGAUACCAAGAACACUUCUAUUUGGAACCACAUGCCUUCUUGGCAGUACCCCGAGAAGGAGAAGAGAUGGAAGUUUAUGCUUCUUCGCAAGAUCAAUCCGGAUUAUCCGAAACUGUGUCCAAAUUAUUAGGGGUAGAACAAAACAAAGUGGUUAUUAAAAUCAAACGCAUUGGAGGUGGCUUUGGUGGUAAAGAAACCACAGGACGAAAAUUUGCUUGCUACGCAGCUUUAGCUGCACGAAAAACAAGACGUCCUGUUAGAUUGGUUUUAGAAAGAGAUGAAGAUAUGGGAGCUACAGGUGGACGAAAUCCAUUUUUGGUAAAAUAUAAACUUGGGUUUGACGACAACGGAAAAAUUCAUGCCGCUAAAAUUAAUUUGUUUCUAAAUGCGGGACACUCAGCUGAUAUGUCUUUUGCUGUUGCAAUGCACGGCACAGCACAUAUAACCAACUCCACUAACAUAGCAAACAUUAAUGUUAUCAGCAAGGUAUGCAAGACAAAUCUUCCUACAAACACUGCUUUCCGUGGAUUUGGUAAUCCACAAACCAAUUUUGCUGCGGAAUGUAUGCUUAGGGAAGUAGCUGAAUAUUUAAACAAAGAUUAUGUUGAAAUAGCCAGGCUUAAUUUGUAUAAGGAAGGAGAUUUAACUAUUUAUAAUCAACCUCUGGUUGAUUGCAACGUUCGAAGAUGUUUCGAAGAAGUUUUGGUUAAUUCUGACUUCUUUCAAAGGAAGCAAGCUGUUGACAAGUUUAAUAAAGAAAAUCGUUGGAAGAAACGUGGUAUUGACGUUGUUACUACCACAUACGGUAUUGGUUUUGGAUUUGAUGCCUACCAGCAAGCUGGUGCUUUAAUUUUGAUUUACAAAGAUGGCUCUGUCCUGCUAUCACACGGUGGAGUGGAAAUGGGUCAAGGUCUUCACACUAAAAUGAUACAAGUGGCUAGCAAGGCUUUAAACAUUCCCGUUGAAAAGAUCCAUACCAGUGAAGCAAGUUCUGAUAAGGUUCCUAACACUACAGCUACGGUCGCAAGUAUGUCUUCUGAUUUGAAUGGAAUGGCUGUAAAAGAUGCUUGUAUCAAAUUAAAUAACCGUCUAGAACCUAUUAAAGCAAAAAAUCCAAAGGGCAGUUGGGAGGAAUGGAUUAUGGCAGCUUACAAUCAACGCAUCAGUCUUUCGGCAACAGGUUUUCAUCGAGAACCACCGGUUAAUUGGGAUUGGGCUACUAAUACAGGCGAUAAAAUGUUUAAUUAUUUCUCGUUUGGUGCGGCUGUUACAGAGGUAGAGAUAGAUUCCCUAACAGGCGAUCAUCAGAUUCUACGAACUGAUAUUGUCAUGGAUUUGGGCAACAGUUUAAAUCCUGCUAUUGAUAUUGGUCAAAUAGAAGGUGGAUUUAUGCAGGGUUACGGGUUGUUUGUAAUUGAGGAAAUGGUUACCUUACCGGAUGGAACUUUUGCAUCCAAGGGCCCUGGGGCUUAUAAAAUUCCAAGUUUUGGAGAUAUUCCAUUAGAAUUCAAUGUGGCGCUUUUGAAAGAUUCUUCAAAUCCAAGAGCGGUUUAUUCAUCAAAAGCCAUUGGAGAACCGCCAUUGUUUUUGGCAUCAUCCGUUAUUUUUGCAAUCCGAGAGGCAAUCAAAGCAGCUCGAAAGGAAAAUGGAGUCAACGAGUACUUCCGUUUACACGCACCGGCUACAUCAGAGCGUAUUCGAAUGGCUUGUCAAGAUUAUAUCACAAAUAAGGUCGAACCAGUUAAUUCUACAUGGAAAGUCAACUAUUUGUAAAAACACUUACAAGUUUUGGGGUCUUUACUUUUUGGGAUUAGAUUCAAUAACCGUUUAUCUAAGAUAUGCUAAAAAUAAUUAUAUUUGUGCUUAUUAGAAAUACGUUAAGAAUAAGCUUAAAAAACUGCAAUAAACCACCUUAUUUUUGAGUUUUA